AUGGAUACCAUCAAGAACGCCGCCAACUACGUCUCUGAGUCCGUCCAGAGCGCCGGUGCUACCGCUUCCAAGGAGGCCAACAAGAACGUCGCCAAGGACAGCGAUGCUGGCAUCAUGAACCGUGCCUCCGCUGCCAAGGACGCCGUUGGCGACAAGGUCGACGAGUCCAAGCACGACGCCAAGGGCGAGGGCUACAAGCAGGCUGCCAAGAACUAA